AUGCUGCCAAAACAAAGAAAAAUUGCUAUUAUGGGCUAUCGUUCAGUCGGUAAAUCAUCGUUAAGUAUACAGUUUGUUGAAGGUCAGUUUGUCGACACCUACGAUCCAACUAUUGAAAACACUUUUGUAAAAACGACCAAAAUUAAAAAUCAAGAAUAUGACUUAAAAUUAGUCGAUACAGCCGGACAAGACGAGUACUCCAUAUUGCCGAUACAAUAUUCUAUGGACAUUCAUGGAUAUGUCUUGGUCUAUAGUAUUACAUCACCAAAAUCUUUUAAAAUAAUUCAGAUAAUUUAUGAUAAAUUAUUAGACAUGGCUGGCAAAGUACAUGUUCCUGUAGUAUUGGUAGGCAACAAAAAAGAUUUGGAUAUGGACCGUGUUGUUACGCAAAUGGAAGGACAGAAGUUAGCAGAUUCUUGGAAAUCUGUAUUUUUUGAGUCUUCGGCCAAGCAAAAUGAGUGUAUAGCUGAUAUAUUCCAUACUAUGUUAAUGGAAAUUGAAAAAGCAAAUGGAAAUACUGUUGUACAGGAAUAUAAUAAAUGCAGUAUAUUAUGA